AACAUUUAUACAGUCAUGGGUGCAAAGCAACCUUACAAACUACUUCUUGCCAUUGCGGUGGCGGCGGUGGUGGUGAUGCUUGCAACCUUAUGCCGCGGCUCCAGCGUGGGGCAUACGCCGUCUGCGAACGAGGAAGUUAUUGAUGAGUUUGUGGAGUCUAAGGACCAGUCAAGGCAGACGGAAGACGCGAGGGCGGCGGAGAAGGCGAGAGAGGGUAAAGAAGGGUCGGAGUCGUGGACGGAGUGGGCUAAAGAGAAAAUCACCGGAGGACUUGGGCUGAAGCAGGAUGAUGAGAAUUAUUUGAAGGAUAGUGCUAAGAAGGCUUCUGAUGCUACUUAUGACACUGCUUCUGGGGCUGGUGAGUAUAGCACAGAAAAGGCCAGAAACAUUAAAGGUACGGCUGCAGAGAAAUCUGGAGAGAUGAAAGAAACAGCCGCCGAGAAGGCCGGCAAGACGAUGGAUGCAGCAAUGGAGAAGGUGUAUGAGGCCACUAAAUCGGCCAAAGACAUGACGUACGAUGCUGCUAAUGCCGCAAAGGAGAAGGCCUACGAGGCCACUAAUGCGGCUUAUGAGACCACAAAGUCAGCAAAAGACAGGGCUUAUGAGGCUACGAAGGAAAAGACUUAUGAUACUGCAGAGGCAGCGAAGGAAAAGGCUUAUGAGGCGGCGAAGGCGGCGAAGGAAAAGACUUAUGGUACGGCGGGUGCAGCUAAGGAGAAGGCUUAUGAGGCCACAAAGGAGGCGACGGACAAGACUUCUGAUACGGCGGGUGCAGCGAAGGAGAAGGCAUACGAGGCCACAAAGGCGGCAAAAGACAAGACAUAUCAAACCAAGAAUGCAGCUGAGGAGGCUACAAAGGCGGCGAAAGACAAAACGUAUGAGACGAAGAACGCAGCUGAGGAGACGGCCCGAAUAACAGCAGAGAAAGCGAAUGAGGCUACCGGUUACGCGGCAGAGAAAGCAAGAGAAGCGAAAGAAAAAGCAGCGCAAACGGCAGAGGAGGUGAAGAACAAGGCUUAUGAGAAAGCAGAGGAGACUAAAGAGGCAAAGGAGAAGGCAAAGGAGAAGUCCCAGAAGAUUAAGGACGAAGUUGCUGGCCGCGGCCGUGACGAGGAGCUCUGAGUGCUAGCUGCUCCAUUUGUUGUUGCAUCGUCUGAUGUUACGAGUCGGCUUUUGUUGUUGUAUGGAAGUUUUGUUUUGCGUCUUGUUGUGUAAUGCUCUGAUUGUGCUGUUGUAUUUAACGAUGUAACGCAAGUUUGCUUGGAAAUAUGGCUAGUUAAUAUUUCGAACUUGAA